UUUUUUUUUUUUCUGCUUGUUACAAUGUCUGCCAUUGCUGCCCUUUCCCGCCUGUCUGCCCGAUCGUCGCUCACCUCCCAGGUCAUGCGCGGCGGCCACUCGCACAGCAACUACCAGGCUCCCGGCUCUAACCUGCCUUUCCAGGUCGUCGGCAAGUCGGCCCUCAGCCUCCACGUCAAGGUCUGGGCGUUCAUGAUCACUGGCUUCUCGCUGCCGUUUGUUGCCGUCAAGUUCCAGGCUUGGAAGAAGGGCUAAACAAAAAACCCACACUGCCAAUCCAUCACUAUCAACGUGUGGCGUUUGCGAUUCGAGAGGACUCUCGGAUUGUCGUGCGAUCGGUGGUUUUGAUGGGCGUUGUGUAGCGUUGCUUUGUUUUGUUUUGUGAAUCGUUUGCUGCAGCUUUCUUCUCGUGUGCGCUUUCGCAUCAACGGGAAUCGAGGCACAGCAGUUGUGUAUUUUCUUUCCCCCCCCCCCCUUCUCCCCUUUCGUUUGUUUUGUCGACCGCUCAGGCAAUACAAAAGAAAAAAACAACCCGAAUCACA